UGUGUCUUCUAUUUUUUCCUGUGAUUGUCUUGGAAAUAAAACUUGACAUAAGUUUGUGCUGCAGCGGCAAUAAAUUAAAUGUUUACGUGUAAUCCAAGCCUGAAUUGAGUUGUUUUAUAAACAAACACGGAGAGUGCGAAUUGUUUGGGCUUGUAUUUGAUAACUUCCCCCACUGGCUUUUAUUUUACUUCCAUUCAGAGAGCUGCAGGAGACAGCUGAAAAAGUUUCUUUAUUAAAAAGCCUAAAAUGUCCGAGAAUACCAACAAGGUCGAAUUUACACCUGAUGAACUGGAUGCCCAGGAGGCAGCGGCGGCCACUGAGGCCAACAUAUCCAGUCAACUGGCCAAGCAAAUCUGGUCUGUAAGGCCCAAUGAUGUUGGCCUGGGAAUUGUGGAACCGCCCGAGCCACCUGUGCCCAACUAUGGCACUCCAUCUGGAUUGGGAUUGGAUUCAAGCAAGCCACCGUCCAGCGAUAAUGCCUCAAUUUACAUAGGCGAAGUGGAACGGGCUCUUUAUGGUGAUUCAUCUGGCUAUCCGGAAAAUGGCAGUCACAAUUACUUCAAGGCUGCCGAGAAUUAUUCAUUGUAUGGCGAGAACUUUCUGGACUUUCCCAAGGAUGCGGCUUCCUGUUUUUCGGGUCUGGAACCGAUGGUCAAUCAUGCCUCGCAUCCUGCGCCAGGAUUCGAACGAUCCGCCAGAUUGGCGGCUCUAUAUGACAGAGGACAAGCUCCGGUAUCCAACUUUCCGGGGGGCGGCUAUCAGCAACAACAAAGACAGCCACAUCAGCAGCAGCAACAACAACAACAACAUCGCCAACCUGGCCACGAUAACAACAACAACAUUAGCAAUUUGCAUAAGAAUUUCAAUGAGAUUCCUUUUCCUCAAUUUUAUCAUCAGAUGCAACAUCAACAACCGCCGCACCCACAUUUGAAUCCACCACACCACCAACAUUAUUUCAACAUGCCACAAAAGCAACAGCAGCAGCCAGGUGCUCCAUUUCCACAGCAACAGCAGCAGCAGCAACAUCUGCAGCAGCAACAACAUCUACAGCAGCAGCAACAACAUCUUCAGCAGCAGCAACAACAUCUGCAGCAGCAACAACAGCAACAGCAUCAACAACAUCAGCAGCAACACCUGCAGCAGCAACAUCUGCAGCAGCAACAACAGCAACAGCAUCAGCAACAUCAGCAGCAACACCUGCAGCAGCAACAUUUGCAGCAGCAACAACCACAUUCGCAGCAGCAACAUCAGGGAGGGGACUUUACAGGAUUGUGUAAUUGCAAUCCCAAUGAUCUCUCUAUAUCGCAACUCUACCAGCAACUGGUGGCUUGUAGUUUGCGCUCCAAUCAGCAGCACCACCAGCAACAUGCACAGCAGCAACAACAGGCAACCCAACAGCAACAGCAAACGCCAUCCAGUGCUGCCGCCACUGCUGCCAUUAUUUUUGCCAGUCUUGAACGUCAGCAACAGGUGCAGUUGCGCCAGUUGCAACUUCAACAAUUGCAACAGCAGCAACAGCAGCAGCAGCAGCAACAGCAACAGUCGCGUUUGCCACGUGGCAUUUUUGGAGGCAACAAUGGCCAGUCAAACGGAGGAACAACUCCACCAACAGGCAAGGAACCUCCGGCAGGAAAUCACAUAUAAGACUGCAAAUUCAAGGGAGCCCCAAAAAGGUCAGACUCCAUAUUCACCAAGUCAAACGGAAUUUAAAAUCAAACUUGAUUUGAAUCCAUCAAAUUAACAUUUUAACAAAAUUAUUUCAAGUCAAGUCUCCACAAGAAAAUUAAAUCGAAUUUAAAAUCUAACAAAUUAACCAUUUUAAAACAAUUAUUUGUUUAAUUUAUUUGUGGUUUUCUUUGGACUUGAUAGUUUUUAAACUACUUCUUGUAUUAACUAUUUUUUAUGAGUCAAAUUCCACCUUCGAUAAACAAAACAAAAUGUCAGACUUCUAUAAACAA